AUGACUGUAAUUUAUUUUAUUUUUACAUUUUUUAUUGUUCUUAUUUUGAGCUGUUUCAUGAUGGUAUAGCGAUUUAAACCGUGUUUUUUAACUGUCCUGUUUCAAUGCAGUUGCACAGUUAAACAUGUUAACACACAUAAUUUUAAGCAUACAGGCCACACAUUAGCGCUGGUGCCUAAAUUAACCGAGCCAAACAAAUCACAUUACAAUUUGUUUAUUUUGUUUUCUUUUAAAUGAACCACAUUCCACAAACCAAAGUGGAUCCAUUCCUUGUUUUUCCCCAACCCACCCCGCGUCUUGCCUGUUCCGACAGUCCCGCACUGGUGCUGGUCAUUUGAAAAGACGCUGUUGUGGAGACACCAGUCAGGUUGUUGGGGUCCUUGUAGUCUCAGUGCAAACAAGCAGGAUUAUUUCAGAUCUUUACGGAACAUUCUACGGAUGGACGAUCGGCAUCUGAGGAUCUUCCAUGCGAGUGAGAGUGGAUCACUUCACUGACAACGUGGAGCCUCUGAAGUGACGAGAUAGAAGAUUCCUCUGCGCAGCUCUGGUCACCAUGAGCGCCUGGGUGGUGCAGAAGAAAGGGGAGCCGCAGUACCGUCGCCACUUUCUCACGGACAACAGCAACUUCCAUUUGGAACGAUGCAUGAGUGUGAUGCAGUCCGGGACACAGAUGGUAAAGCUGAAGGCGGGAUCGAAGGGACUCGUCAGACUCUUCUACCUGGAUGAACACCGCUCUUGCAUUCGCUGGAAACCCUCACGCAAGAGCGAGAAGGCCAAGAUCACCAUCGAUUCCCUGUACAAAGUGACGGAGGGCAGUCAGUCCGACAUCUUCCAUCGACAUCCUGAGGGCAGUUUCGACUCGACCUGCUGCUUCACCGUCUACCAUGGAAACCACAUGGAGUCCCUGGACCUGGUCACGUCCAAUUCCGACGAAGCCAGGACCUGGAUCACUGGCCUCCGAUACCUGAUGGCAGGGAUCAGCGACGAGGACUCUCUCGCAAAGCGCCAACGAACUCACGACCAAUGGAUGAAACAGACGUUCGAGGAGGCCGAUAAAAACGGCGACGGGCUCCUGAACAUCGAUGAAAUCUAUCAACUUCUUCAUAAACUGAACGUUAACCUGCCAAGGAGGAAGGUCAAGCAAAUGUUCCAGGAAGCGGACACAGACGACCAGCAGGGCACACUGACUUACGAGGAGUUCUCCGUCUUCUACAAGAUGAUGUCGCUCAGACGUGACCUCUUCCUGCUGAUGAUGGCCUACAGCGACAGGAAGGACCAUCUGACCGCGGACGAGCUCGCCAACUUCCUGCGGAACGAGCAGAAGAUGUCCAACGUGACCCCAGAGUACGUCGACGAAAUCAUCGAAAAAUUUGAGGUUUCCGAUGAAUACAAACAAAAAGGCGUCAUGGGGAUUGAAGGUUUCACCAGCUUCAUGCGCAGUCCCACAUGUGACAUCUUUAACCCUUUGCACCAUGAAGUGAAUCAGGACAUGGACCAGCCGCUCUGCAACUACUUCAUCGCGUCCUCCCAUAACACCUACCUGACGGGGGACCAGCUCCUGUCUCACUCGAAGACUGACAUGUAUGCCUGGGUUCUGCAGUCGGGCUGCCGCUGCGUGGAGGUGGACUGCUGGGAUGGUCCUGAGGGUGAACCCAUGGUGCAGCACGGUUACACCCUGACCUCCAAAAUACCCUUCAGGUCCGUCAUCGAAACCAUCAACAAAUACGCCUUCGUCAACAACCAGUAUCCAGUUAUCCUGUCCAUCGAGAACCACUGCAGCAUCCAGCAGCAGAAGAAGAUUGCUCAGUACCUCAGGGAAGUCUUCGGGGAGCGGCUGGACGUCGGCGAGGCUCUGAGCGGAGACUUCAAAACCUUGCCCAGUCCACAGAGUCUGCAGGGCAAGAUCCUCAUCAAAGGGAAGCGUCUUCCCGCCUAUCUGUCUGCCGAUGCCGAGGAGGGGGAGGUGUCUGACGACGACAGCGCGGAUGAAAUUGAGGACGACUUUAAACUGAAGAGCAGUAAUGGAAACGGCCAUCACCAGGUGGAGUCUCACAUCAGAAAGAAGCUGGACUCUCUCCUGAAGGAGUCUCUUAUUGGGGACAAAGAAGACACCGACAGCUUCAGCAUCCGAGCGCUGUUGCGAGCCACUCACCAGGGCCUUCAGAAGAACCUACGGCAGAGCUCCAAGGGAGUUCUGAAGAAAUCCCAGAGCAGAUCUUUCAUCACGACGCUGAAGCAGAAGAGACAUUCCAAAUCCAGGCUGUCGUGCCAAAGCGUGGAGAAGGAAGAUGACGAGCCGGAGCGACCCGGGAGGGAAGCUGGAGGACAGUUCAACAGAGGAGGACGGAAGAGGAAGACGAUGAAGCUGAGCCGAGAUCUGUCCAACCUGGUGGUGUUCACCAACUCCGUGGCCUCUCAGGAGUGUUUGAACGAAGGGACUCCGAGCGAUGUCCUGUCCUUCAGCGAGACCAGAGCCCAGUCUCUGGUCCAUCACAGAACAGAGCAGUUUCUGACGUUCAACCAAAGACAGCUGUCAAGGAUUUAUCCCUCGGCCUAUCGCAUCGACUCGUCCAAUUUCAACCCGCAGUUCUACUGGAAUGUGGGCUGUCAAUUGGUUGCUCUCAACUACCAGACCGAAGGCAGAAUGAUGCAGCUCAACAGAGCAAAGUUCAUGGUGAACGGAGGCAGCGGCUAUGUCCUCAAACCCCCUCCCAUGUGCAAAGGCUCGUUCAAUCCAUUCAGUGAUGACCCACUUCCUGCCUACCCCAAGAAGCAGCUCAUUCUCAAGAUCAUUAGCGGCCAGCAGCUACCCAAACCGCCGGACUCCAUGCUGGGGGACCGAGGAGAGAUCAUCGAUCCUUUCGUGGAAGUGGAGAUCAUCGGUUUGCCGGUGGACUGUUGCAAAGAACAGACGCGAGUCGUCGACGACAACGGGUUCAACCCAGUCUGGGAGGAGACGCUGUCCUUCACUCUCCACAUGGCUGAGGUGGCGUUGGUGCGAUUCCUGGUCUGGGACCACGACCCAAUCGGGCGGGACUUCAUUGGUCAACGGACAGUGGCCUUCAGCAGCCUCAUGCCUGGCUACAGACAUGUUUACUUGGAGGGGCUGACGGAGGCGUCCAUCUUUGUACACGUGUCGGUGCAUGACGUCUAUGGGAAGUGGAGCCCUCUAGUCCUGAACCCCAGCUUUACUAUAAUGCACUUUCUAGGAUCUAAUAAGGGGGGUCAGCUGCGAGGGAUCCGCGGCUUCUUCAACCGUUCUUCCAAGUCCUCUGUGGACACCAAUUCAGGCGGCCUUCGGAAGCGUUCCAUCAGCGACCACCUUCUCAGACGCACGGCCAGCGCGCCCGCGAAGGGUCGCAAGAAAACCAAAAUGCCGCUCUCGGAGUCUGUGGCUUCCAUUUCGGAGCAGAAAAACGGAACGAGCGUCGGAGCGGUCGGAGAGGGAGUGUCCGGGAAGGAAGGAGCGGUGGAGAAACGUGCUCCGCCCCGAGCCCCGCUGACCCACAGACCCAUAUCCAUGCCUUUAGACAGGCUUCUGCAAGGACAGCUGACUCUGUGCUCGCAAGAGGAGCAGCAUGAUAACGGGGCAGACAGUAUCACUGGCCAUUUCCCCUUCCACAGACCCAGAUCUUCAAGCGUGGACCACGUGUGCAAAUCACCCACCUCAUUUGAGCGGAACACAUCGACUCCUUCUAAGUUUUACAUCAGCAGAAUCGCAGAAGAGUCUUCCUACUUGGUCAUUGGUGGAGAAGAGCUCAGAAAAGAAGACGACUAUGCCAACUAUCAGAUAGAAGAUAAGCUGAAGUCUGAGAAAAGCUCGAUGAAAAACCAGAUCAGCGCCAACAAAACCGAGACUUCCUCCAACAGCACCACGUUCACAGUCGCACCUUCAGUCUCCUCGUCCUCCUCUUCCUCUGCUCCUUCCUCAGUUGCACCGUUGUCGCCGAUCACCAUGGACUACCGCGUCAAGAGCCCCAGCUCUGUGGAUGAUAGCGCCAUCUCCAGGCUGAUUGAUGCAGUGUCCUUGGGCAACGAGCAGGACACGCGUGGAUCCAUAUCUGCUCUUAUUAGCCAGAUGGACAUUGACCAAACCGGGAUUAGCGGCAGUCCCGCGACUCAUCUCUCCAACAUGAGACCCACAACACCAAAAGAUUUAAGGUCUUCCCAAAGUACAGCAUCUAACGGCGGUGUCAGGAGCACAGCACCUCCUGCACUGCUGUCCAGCCCGGAAACAGCUGAUGCUGAGGAGGUCUACACCAUCCUGGAUGAGGAGAUGCUGUCACCUGGGCCCACGCCCCACACGAAGGCCCAAACAGUACACAUUCAAAUGGAGAGGACUCCGUCUAACAGCCUGAGGUCCUCUCCAGCAAAGGGGGUUCAAUGUUUUGGGAAGGGCUGGAUUGACAGAAACAUCAUGGAGGUAGAGGAGGAGAGUGUGUACGAGGAGGUGUACGAUCCCCCGGAACUUUGGCGAAAGCCCUCUCAAAGUUUUACCCUCAAUCACUACGUUCACAGAAACCCUCUGGCGGAGGUGGAGAUAAAUGUGGACGAGGAUCCCUGUGAGGCGACUUCUCCACACGGGCGUCGCUUUGAGGAACUUUCAAGUCCGACAAAAAGGCAUGCCAUUUACCAAAACAACGAGUCCACCCCUAAGUUCCCCCACCAGCCGAGCAACGGCGAUCCACGGCAUCAGUACCCGGCUCAUGUGUUGAAUGUGACCUUCUCACCGUGUCCCUCCCCACUGGGUCGACCUUCAAACCACCUUCAGCGCUCCGCUAGCUCGCAGGCAUCUCCAUUUCACAGAGCCCCUGAUCUGCGGACCGCCAGUCCUGUCAAUUGCUUUAUGAGUCAAAUGAAUCCCGCAGACUUUACUACCAGUAGAGACUUUAGUUUGUCUGAGGCUCAACAGAGAUGCUUCAAUAACAGUUCUCAUCGAGGCGCUCAAGAACCAAGACAGGCCGAAAGAGAGCACAGCAGGUUUCACUACAAUGGCGUCUCUUCGCCUGACGCUCUUCCAAGAUUUCCUGUAGGGUCAACGAACUCAUGCAGAUCCAGACCUGUGUCGUCCCCUUCUUUGGACUUUCAAUCCCUAUACAGCCAAGUGGACUAUGAAAGUGUUUUAGUCUCUCCCGAGUCAUCCACGGCUAGAAAGUUGAAGCCCAGUCCUCUCAAGUCGCCUCUGAGUCACAGCCAUUCAGCCCACGAUACAAGACCUGAAACCAAAGCCAGGAGGAGUUUACACCCUGCGACAUCACCUUGUCCAACAUCCCUUGAAUCUUCCAACUCUACACCCUGCAAGUCCAAGUCGCUGGGAGACCUGACCUCUGAGGACAUAUCGUGCAACUUCCAGAGCAAGUACCACAUCAUCAGUCGCAGCUUCAUCACGCCGCACAUGAGGAGGCAGAGGAGGAUGGGGUGUCCCGGGGAGGCCGCCGUAGCGUCACCGUCGUGUGACCCCCUCACCGAACAGUUGCGUAAGCUCGUCAGCCUGGACGGCGACGACGUUGAAAAAGACCUUCCGCUGAGUUGCAGAGUAAGUCAAGAAGGGGAGACCCUGAGACCGCGCUCCCAGCCAACACCUUCGACCAGAGAUCUGGAUGACUCCCCUCCACCGCUCACCCGUCGCCUCUCCUCCCGGAGUCAAAGCCGCGUGCGCCACAUCAACAGUCGGGCACGUGAACGGCAACAAGAAGCCCUCAAGCCGCGGACGGGCGUAGUUGUCAACAACUCAGGCGGGAUCGUCUUACGUAGCAAACCGGCGUCCCAGAACCCGCCGGUCAACAGACACUCAACCGGCUCGUACAUUGCUGGUUUUUUAGGCCACUUUGAAGACAGGGGGCUUCCGGAAGGGUCAUGUACGUCGUUGCGUAACGGUAACCUGGAUCAUCACGGGGAUCUGUACUACGCAGGCGACAACGUACAACCUGAUGGAUUGUCCCACUUUCCGUCAGAGCCAGAGGUCUACUUCCUGCUCAGACUUUAGCGAAACUGUCUGAAUGCAAUAAAGUCGUUGAACUUUGUUUACUGUUUCACCCAGCAAGCUGGGGUUGUGGGGUCCACUGCCCAGUGCACAGACAUACUGAGAGCUCCACGGAAUGCACUGGUCCAUCCUCAUACUUCAUGUAGCCCAUAAAAUUCCUUCCCAAAACUUUGUCCUGGACUUUCAUACAUCUUUAUUUUGUCCCUUCUCUAUUUCUGUUGUCCUGUUUAACUUCUUCCCUCCAGCAAACCAGCCCCUCCGCUGAUACUGACACAGUAUUACCAGUGGUUGCACAACACUGGGAUUAUUAUUAUUGGAUUCAUAAUUCAUCCCAGUAGAUUACCUGGUGAGCUGGCAGCUGCUAACAAUUGCGAGGAUGACAUUUCCUCAAAUCCAGGGUAGCACAUUUUCGCAGAAAACUGCUUUCCGUUUCGUUGGGUGAUAACUGCUCUUUGUUUUGAUGUGAACUAGAGCAGCACGUCAAACUGACUUUCUUUGUCUAAACUACAUAUUUUUAAAACAUGCGGGCCACUUGAAAUGACUUGGCAGGCCAGAGUCGGCCCCCUGGCCUUGAGUUAGACACACUUGCUGCAAGGGAAACAAGCUGUUUGGAAAAGAAAACUUACUAUCUGUUACAUAUCGGUUUGUAUUCCUCCAACAUAUGUCAGCAAUAACACAUUUUGGAGAAAGGAAACGGCGGCCUUGGAUGUGAAACAUUUGGACGCACCUAAGGCUCACAGGCUGCCAAAGCCUUCAAACACAACAAAAGAAAGACGUCCGGCGGCCCAGCUCCCUUUCACUCAUGUGGGACCCUUCUUUGUCUUUGCACACAAGUCCACAUCCUCCACCGUCAUCAUCCUUUCAUACAUCCAUGACCUCAUUUCUUCUUUUGUUUUUCUUGGAUUUUCCAUCCCUGACUUUGCGUCCUCCGCCUGAGCCGGACCCCUGUUUUUACUCCUCUCUUCUCUCCUUCUUUUCUCCCAAUAAAGCCUCAUUUAAUCGACCCAACUGACAUCAAAGUGCAACAUUAUGGCGAAGAGUUCAAGAGAUCACUUUUUAUUGAAGAAUGAAUCGGUACAUUUUGCUUUAUAGUUGGCAGUGAUUCUUUUCUAUUCCCUGCCAGUACACUCACAACCAUCCACUGAACUACAGUGAGUUUUUAUUCCUGUAUAAAAGUUAAGUAUAAUCCAUGUGAUGGAUUUAACGGCAUGUGUAUGAAAUGUCCACAAUUUAAUGGUAAAUGGUUUCCCUAGUCUGACGGUGUGAUGUCGAAAUUCUGAUCAAUGUCUUAAUGUACACGGGAAGUUUGCUUCCCUCCAACUGGCUUCCGAAACUGAUUGUACAGAUAUUUUUAACCUUUGUCCCCGUGGUGUCCUGUCAGAAAAAAUAAAACGAAAAUAAAUGCGUACAUUGACAAUGAAGCAAAAAAUAGUAAAUGUUUUUCAGCGGAGCGGGAAUGUCUUUCUUUCUAUCAUGUGAAUGUGUUGUUAAACAGCUAGACUGAAACUGAAUUAGUCACAUGUCCGUCUUCCAUUUAUCUGCCGUGGGAUUCCUUCGUUUUUUUUGUCAGACAACACUAUUCUCUGUUUGAUUCCCGAGUGUUUCUGUUGGCGACGCAAUUGUGCAUGUUACAUGUGAACAUGAAGCAUGACUAUGCACCAGUUUAUACUAGAUUUGUUGCAUCUCUCGACAUCAGCACACAACGAACAAAGUAGUUGCAUUGGAAACAACAACGAAGCAGUAUAUCAGUGCAAUACACGAUACGUGUGUAAACUUCAGUGAUUUAAUAUGUAGGGUUUGAGAUUUGGAGUUUUUUUAUUUUUUUAAUUGCUUUGAUACAGAAUAAUAUUGUGCCGGGUAUAUAUUCAUUUGUUAAAUGAAAAGAUGGACAUCUGUAUCAACUGUACAGGUCUGAGGGGAAGUGGAAAGCUGUAUUUUUUAUUUUCCCUUUCAGUUGUUUAAUGUGAUAAAAAAAAGAGUAUUUUCCCUGACGCUCAUCGUAGCGUAAUGAGCAUUUCCUACCAAUGCAAUAAACAU